AUGGGGCGGACUCUCGUUUUGCCUUUCAGUUUGAUCAUCCUUGCCCUAACCUGGGCCUCCUUUAUCCCCCAGAUCAAGCAUGUGUGGCAGACGAAAGACAGCCGGGGGAUCUCCACUGCCUACCUGCUUUUCAAUCUGCUCUGCAUCACCGAGCAUGUCUUUUUUCAAUCCCUUGACACCGCCUGUCUUUGGGAUAUCUCCAAAUUGCCCUCGUCGCCGUUCUCUGUCUACCCCUUGGACUGGGCCAAUCUCGCUCAAGUGUUAGGGGACUGGGUAUUGUCCAACGUCCUCUUCUUGCUGUGUCUCUACUACUCCCCUCCCACCCGACCCCAUCGUCAUCGUCUGCGAAUCCUCCUGAUCCUUGCUCUCUAUUCCUUCUUCCUGUUGUUCACUCUGAUCCCGCUCGUAUUAGACCUCACCACGGACGUCUUCUGUCCACCGAGCAAUCCGCACGAUUGCCCGCUGCCGGAGCGGGACGUAGUCCCUUUCCUCCACGGCAUCCACUGCUUCUUUCUCUUGCCCAUCACGACGGUGAUUCUCCCUGUUCUGGGACAACCAAGCAGGCAGCAUCAGCAGGGGCCCCGCGAACAGGCCAUAAUGAUUCCUCCGUCUCAUCCCCCAUCACCGACCAAACCCACAGAUCUCAACCGCCUCCUUUCCCGCUCCCGCCUUUUCCAGGCUUCUAUCUUCGCGCUCUCGGCCAUCUUGUGGAUUUUCCGCUUGCCCCCUGGGCAGCAAGAGCGAGCGUACGAUCCGCCGCCGCCGCCCGAUGAUCCUCUUCCGCCCCAGCCCUGGCUGUUCGUCUUCUUGCAUUGGUGGAUGUCCAUGGGGUAUAUGACCGUCGAUGAGGUCAUUUUUGCGGUCGGGCAGGGUGUGUUGGGGUACUUGGGUCUACGAAAGGCGAUAGCAGCCGAGGGGAGAAGUGAAGGUGAGGAGGAGGCGGAGAGAAGGCUGUUGUUGGUAGCGGCUGAGGAACGUUCCACAUACGGAUCUGAAAAUUGAACUUUCCCGCAAUCGAUACAAAGAACGUGCAAGGAAGCUGGCUAGUUAACGUGUUCUUUCUCAUAUUGAGAGCACCUGCACUGCCGAGGGGGAAAGGAAAGGCAAGGGGAAAGAAGCUAGUGA